UAGCAUAUGAUGUCACAACUGGAUGUCCUAAUAUCAUUUUCAAAGACAUGGUCUUUUAAUGAAUUGCCCCUUCUCGAUUUCUGAGAUCCAGCUGAGAAACCCUCCACUCUCGAGUCCAAAAUGGAUGCAAGAGGCUCUUCUUUAGUGUUGGCGAUUAUUUUCCUUGCAGCUAUUGUGGCUUCAUCAGAAGCAGCUGUGUCCAAGGGAUCUUUUGAGGAUAAUUUCAGCAUAAUGUGGUCUGAGGACCAUUUCACUACCUCUAAAGAUGGACAGAUCUGGUAUCUCUCCCUAGACAAAGACACAGGAUGUGGAUUUCAAACAAAACAACGCUACAGAUUUGGGUGGUUCAGUAUGAAGCUGAAGUUGGUAGCAGGUGACUCUGCUGGUGUUGUGACAGCUUACUAUAUGUGCUCGGAAAAUGGUGCAGGGCCGGAGAGGGAUGAGCUUGAUUUUGAGUUUUUGGGAAACAGAACUGGGGAACCUUAUUUGAUUCAGACAAACGUGUACAAGAAUGGGACUGGUGGGCGUGAGAUGAGACACAUGCUAUGGUUUGAUCCCACUGAGGAUUACCACACCUAUUCCAUCCUCUGGAACAAUCACCAAAUAGUGUUUUUUGUGGAUAGAGUUCCUGUGAGGGUGUUCAAGAACAAUGGGGAAGCAAAUAAUUUCUUCCCCAAUGAGAAGCCCAUGUACUUGUUCUCCAGCAUAUGGAAUGCAGAUGAUUGGGCCACAAGAGGUGGGCUUGAGAAGACAAACUGGAAAUUGGCCCCAUUUGUGUCAUCCUACAAGGACUUCAGUGUGGAUGGUUGCCAAUGGGAAGACCCAUAUCCAGCCUGUGUCUCAACCACAACCAAAAAUUGGUGGGAUCAGUAUGAUGCAUGGCACCUCUCAGAUGAUCAGAAAAUGGAUUAUGCUUGGGUUCAGAGGAACCUUGUCAUCUAUGAUUAUUGCAAGGAUUCUGAACGUUAUCCAACUACCCCAGAGGAGUGUUCAUUGAGUCCAUGGGAUUAAUAUACCAAGGGAAACAAAUCAUUAUUGUUUUAAAUCUCUCUUUGCUGCCUCAUAUUUUUUUAGUUACUUUGAGAAUAAUGUGCAGUUUUGUAUUUUGCAAGGUUUUAAAGUUUGACAAUUAUAUAUUGAAACAUUUAUUCGAUUCAUUA